GGCCGCGGGAGCACAGAGCGCCGCGCGCCGCGGAGGAGUUGGGACCGGCGCAAAAGUUUCCUCCCAACUCCGGCCCCGCGCGCCGCCGCCACCGCCCACUCCAGCCCGGGGCCUGGGCCCGACCCCGCCGCCGCCGCCAGUGCCAGGACCAGGGCCAGGGCUGGGCCGGGCCGGCAGUUUCGCUUUGGUGCGCGCGGAGCAGCCGCUUCGGCCGGGCCCGAGCAGCAGCAAGAGCAGGAGGAGGAGCCCAGUCGCGGUGCCGCCGCGUCCGGCCCCCCACCCCUCCGUCCGCGGCCACCUGGGAGGUAGCCCUUCCCGCUGCCUCCCCCACCCUAGAUUCCCGCCCCCCGGUGGCCGCCUCCCUGGGGGGAAGGGGCGCUGCUGCGAGCCCCGGGCCCUGAGGGGGCGCCGGAGAGAGGCUCCCCUGGUCUCCGGGCCUGCCCGCGCCGCGCGUCCCCCGAGAGUGGGGGCUGCACCCGCGGAGCCAGACACCUGUUCGGCCAGGCCCAGCGUGGUCGCCGGGGGCCAGGAUGAAAGUGACCGUGUGCUUUGGCAGGACCGGCAUCGUGGUGCCCUGCAAGGAGGGCCAGCUGCGUGUCCGGGAGCUCACGCAGCAGGCGCUGCAGCGGUACCUGAAGACCCGGGAGAAGGAUCCUGGCUACUGGGUGAAGAUUCACCACUUAGAAUACACAGAUGGAGGAAUUCUGGAUCCAGAUGAUAUCUUGGCAGAUGUCGUGGAAGACAAAGAUAAGCUGAUCGCUGUGUUUGACGAACAAGAACCACUCCACAAGAUUGAGAGCCCCGGUGGAAACCCUGCGGGCCGGCAGAGCCCAGACGCUUUUGAGACAGAAGUGGCUGCCCAACUGGCUGCAUUUAAACCAAUUGGUGGGGAAAUUGAAGUAACCCCUUCUGCUCUGAAAUUAGGCACUCCGCUGCUGGUGAGGAGGAGCAGUGACCCAGCGCCAGGCCCACCCGCUGAUGCCCAGCCCAGCGCUUCACACCCCAGUGGCCAGAGUCUGAAACCUGCCAUUCCAGAUUCCACACAAAACUUAGAAGAUGUGGAAGUUAUGAAUGGUGUACAGGCAGAACUACUGACAUCACCGAAAACUAAGGAUGCACUGAGUGAGAUGACAAGAACAGUGGAGAUUUCCGGGGAAGGAGGCCCCUUGGGAAUUCAUGUAGUGCCCUUCUUUUCAUCUCUGAGUGGAAGGAUUCUAGGACUCUUCAUCCGUGGCAUUGAAGAAAACAGCAGGUCUAAGCGGGAAGGGCUAUUUCAUGAAAACGAAUGUAUUGUAAAAAUCAACAAUGUGGACCUCGUAGACAAAACCUUUGUUCAGGCUCAAGACGUCUUCCGUCAGGCGAUGAAAGCGUCCUGUGUGCUGCUCCACGUGCUUCCCCCUCAAAACCGAGAACAGUACGAAAAGUCAGUCAUUGGGCCUCUGAACAUUUUUGGUAACAAUGAUGGUGUUCUGAGAACAAAGCCACUACCUUCAGUCCAUGGAAAAUCAGGAAUCAAGACAGUAAACCUCACAGGAACAAGCAGUCCUGAAGAAGAUACAUCCACUUCCCUGCAACAAAGCAAGAGCCCCCGAGUACCAAGAAUAGGUAGAAAGCCAUCCUCUCCCUCACUCUCCCCUCUCAUGGGGUUUGGCAGCAAGAAAAAUGCAAAGAAAAUUAAGAUUGACCUUAAGAAAGGCCCUGAAGGACUUGGUUUCACUGUGGUUACCAGAGACUCUUCCAUACAUGGUCCUGGUCCCAUUUUUGUGAAAAACAUUUUACCCAAGGGAGCAGCAAUAAAAGAUGGCCGCCUGCAAUCAGGGGACAGAAUUUUGGAGGUAAAUGGCAGAGAUGUCACCGGACGGACUCAGGAAGAGCUUGUGGCCAUGCUGAGGAGCACCAAGCAGGGAGAGACAGCAUCGCUGGUCAUCGCCCGCCAAGAAGGAACUUUUCUGCCCCGAGAGCUGAAAGGAGAACCUGACUGCCAUACUCUCUCUCCGGAGACCACUGACCAACUCACCUUUGAGAUCCCCCUGAAUGAUUCCGGUUCUGCUGGUCUAGGGGUGAGCUUGAAAGGGAACAAAUCUCGAGAAACUGGAACAGACCUGGGGAUUUUUAUCAAAUCCAUCAUCCAUGGUGGUGCUGCUUUUAAGGAUGGUCGUCUGCGGAUGAAUGACCAGCUGAUUGCAGUUAAUGGAGAAUCUCUCUUGGGAAAGUCCAACCACGAAGCUAUGGAAACACUUAGGAGAUCAAUGUCCAUGGAAGGAAACAUACGAGGGAUGAUCCAGUUGGUGAUUUUGAGGAGGCCAGAGAGGCCGAUGGAGGACGCUGCGGAGUGUGGGGCAUUUUCUAAGCCAUGCUUUGAGAACUGUCAAAACGCUGUACCUGCUUACAGGAGGAACGGUAACAGCACAUUGCAUCCGUUUAGCACUUACAGUCCACAAGACAAACAGAGAGAGCCUUUGCUUCCCAGUGACGGAUGGGCUGAGAGCGAGGUACCGCCUUCUCCUACACCACAUCCCGUUCUGGAGCUGGGCCUUGAAGAUUACAGCCACAGUUCUGGGGUGGAUUCAACAGUAUGUUUUCCAGAUCAGCACAUCAACUUCAAAUCUGUGACACCCGCCAGGCAGCCUGAAUCAAUGAAUCUGAAAGCCUCAAAGAGCAUGGACCUUGUGCCAGAUGAAAGCAAAGUCCAUUCAUUGGCUGGACAGAAAUUGGAAUCACCAAGCAAAGAUUUCGGUCCAACUCUGGGUUUGAAAAAGUCCAGUUCCUUGGAGAGCCUGCAGACGGCGGUUGCCGAGGUCAGGAAGAAUGAACUUCCCUUCCACAGGCCCCGACUGCACAUGGUCCGCGGCCGAGGCUGCAACGAAAGCUUCCGAGCAGCCAUUGACAAAUCUUACGACGGACCCGAAGAAUUAGAAGCUGACGGACUGUCUGAAAAGAGCUCGCACUCCGGCCAAGGAGCUCCGAACUGUGACUCUGCUCCUCAAGGGAACUCUGAGCUAGAGGACAUGGAAAAUAAAGCCAGGAAAGGCAAAAAACUGAAAGAGAAAGAGAAGAAAAAGGAAAAGGGUAAAUUGAAAGUCAAGGAGAAAAAGCAGAAAGAGGAAAAUGAAGAUCCGGAAAGGAAAAUAAAGAGGAAGGGAUUUGGUGCCAUGCUGAGAUUUGGAAAAAAGAAAGAUGAUAAGGGGGGCAAGCCUGAGCCGAAGGGCCCCCUGAAGCCCGGUGGCCUGAGAGAAGAGGAGCUGGAAAAAAUGAAAGAGGAGCGGGAACGGAUUGGAGCAAAACAUCAGGAGCUAAGGGAAAAGCAGGCAAGAGGUCUCAUUGAUUAUGCUACUGGUACAAUUGGAUCAUUGCAUGAUAUGGACGAUGAUGAAAUGGACCCCAAUUAUGCCAGAGUGAACCACUUCCGGGAACCAUGUGCAUCAGCAAAUGUCUAUAGGUCUCCAUCUCCCCCUCGGACUGGACCGCUGGUUUAUCCUCGAGAUGGCCGUCCAUUGUCUCCAGAGAGAGACCACUUAGAGGGUCUCUAUGCCAAGGUCAACAAGCCAUACCAUCCACCAGUGCCAGUGGACAGUGGCCGUCCCCUGAGUGGAAGUGCUGACCGCAUCCAGAAGUUGCGGAAGGAGUAUUAUCAGGCUCGGAGGGAAGGUUUCACGUUAUAUGAGGACGACGAAGGAAGAGCAAGGCCAUCUGAUUACGACCUUCACUGGGUGUCUGGAAAGGGUCCAGAUGGGAAUGCACACAACCUCCGCUUCGAGGGGAUGGAGAGGCAGUAUGCAUCCUUACCCAGGGGAGGACCAGCCGAUCCUGUAGACUAUCUGACAGCAAUGCCUCGAGGGCUCUACAAGGAGAGGGAGCUUCCAUACUACCCUGGAGCUCACCCUGUGCAUCCUCCCAAAGGGAGCUAUCCGCGCCCUCCGGAUCUGAGGGUCACAGAUCUCCGGUAUCCCCAGUACUACCCACCCCCGCCAGCCCCCCAGCACAAAGGACCCUUCCGACAAGAUGUUCCGCCCUCGCCCCCUCAGCACCACAGGGUGCCAGGCUAUCAGGAAAUGGGCAGACCAGGGCCCCGAGGGGGCAGCCCAGACCAGUACCCCUACCGAACCCAGGAUCCCCGGCAGAAGAACCCCAUGACUGCCGCCGUGUAGCUGGACACCAAGUUCAGCACAGCCCAGGGAGGAGGACGUCUCU